AAGUUUCAUGCUUUACUCACUUGUUUGUCUUUUUUCUGAUAUUUUCUCAGUGAUGAAGAAAGAAUCUGAUGUGGCUGAAGAGCAGACGAGCUGAAGGUGCCAUCAUGUCCCAGGUGUCUUCAGGUGGAAACUUCUCCCACUCCACCUUUGUGUUCAGAGGUUUCCCAGAGUUGCAGAGCCACCGGCGUCUGGUUGCGUUGCCGUUGUCCAUGUGCUAUGUGUCGGUGCUGCUGGGGAACUCAGUGCUGGUGUAUGUGGUUCGCUGUUUGGAGACUCUUCACAGCCCCAUGUACUUCCUCAUCUGCAUGCUCUGCGCCGUCGACAUCCUGGUCGUCACCACCAUCGUUCCCAAAAUGCUGCUGGGCCUCCUGUUCGACCGCAGUGAGAUCUCUCUGGUUGGAUGCUUGAUUCAGAUGUUCUUCACUCACUUCCUGUCAUCGGUGGAGUCCACGCUGCUGCUGGCGAUGGCGUUGGACCGCUACGUCGCCGUGUGCAAACCUCUCCGUUACGCCGAGAUCAUCAACUGGUCCAUGUUUGCGAAGCUGCUGGUCUUCACGUUGGUCCGGAGCGGCUCCAUCAUGGCCACGCUGGUCGCUUUGGCGGGUUCGCUACACUUCUGCGGCUCGGCCACGAUCCAGCACUGCUACUGCGACCACAUGGCGCUGGUCAGCUUGGCGUGCGACAACACUGACCGGAGCAGCGCCGCCGGCCUCGCCGUCAUCGUGUGCUUUGUGGGCGUUGACAUCCCGCUCAUUUUCCUCUCCUACGUGAAGAUCCUGAACGUGGUUCUGCAAGCGUCGGCUGCCGGCGAGGACCGCUGGAAGGCUUUUCACACCUGUGGGACGCACCUGAUCAUCAUGAUGUGUUUCUACCUGGUGGGCAGCGUCACCUUCCUGUCCCACAACCUCAACAUCUCCAUCCCGACCAGCGUCAACACCUUCAUGGGCCUUGUGUACAUUUUGUUCCCAGCGACUGUCAACCCCAUCAUUUACGGUGUUCGGACAAAAGAAAUCCGAAAUGGCUUCUUCAGGAUUUUUAAAGUAAGAGCCAAGAAAAUAAUGACAGUGAAGGUUUGUCCGACUUCAAAACCUGAAAGGUGA